AACUAAUACGAACAGUUGGAAACUUAUAAGGUUCAACUACAAUGGCGCGAAAUGUGUGAUUCAAGUCUUAUUGUCAGUCAUCGUAGGAAGUACAAGUGCGGCGACUCUAAUUGUUUUUUUGUUGUUUUUUUUGUAAACGGUUUCCAUAAGAAUAUCAAACAGUAUUAGUAAAUUAGUAGAAGAUUUUAUCGUCAGUAUAAGAAGAAAAAAAAACUCAGAAUCAUGUAUGGCAUGUUACUGGAAAGUGUGCAACACUUCGUGCAGUUGGAAUACGGAGAAGAAUUAUGGCUACAAAUGCUGGAAAAAGCGGGUGUCAAGCAUACAGUAUUCAACACGAGGCAGAUCUAUCCGGACGAUUUAAUGACAAAACUUGCCGCUGCCCUCGCUGAACACACCAGAGAUACUGUCGACAGUGUGAUGGAGUUUUUUGGAAAAUGUUUUGUUAGAUUUUUCAGCAAUCUUGGGUAUGACUGUACCAUAAAAGCAACGGGUCGUUACUUUUGCGAUUUUUUGGGGAGUGUGGAUAAUAUUCACAUGCAAAUGAGAUUUACAUACCCAAAAAUGAAAAGCCCUUCUAUGUAUAUGACUCACGUGGAUCCACAUGGAGUGAUAUUAGUUUACAGAAGCACGAGACAAGGUUUCACGCAUUAUUUCAUGGGUCAACUUUACCAGAUUGCAGAAGAGCUUUAUGAAACUAGUUUGGAUAUUAGAGUGCUCGAAAGUUCGACCAAUAUCCCAGGUUCCCGAAGCGUAAAGGUUAUUUUUCGAAUUGAUUUUGACAAUCGCGAAUAUGUGGCAAAAAACACAAAAAUGAAAGCCCCGAUGGGACGAGAGUUGCCUCCAGUUGCAUGCUCAUUGCUAUUACGAUUAUUUCCUUUUGGAGUGGUCAUGAAUCGGGAGAUGUGUAUUCAGGGAGUUGGCGAUAAGCUUCUACAAGCUUGGGGAGGAAAUUCAACCAUUUUAAAUAAACCGGUCCCAGAAAUUUUUAAACUUCGAAGACCAAAAGGGAUUACAUUCACUUGGGGGAAUCUGAUAUAUCUGCACUCGGUAAUGUUUGAAAUGGAGUUAAUUAGGUCAACAGAGAAUCAUUUAAGUUCAGCAAGUAGCGAAUCUCCUAGUACAAGUUCUGGAUUAGAUAGACGGGGUAGUCAAGGGUCACGUAGUAUAUUACUCAAGGGACAAAUGAGGUAUAUUGAGGAUAUCAAGUCUAUAAUCUUCCUCUGCAGCCCUCUGAUUAACAGUCUGGACGAGCUACUUAGCAUGGGACUCUAUCUUAAUGACCUUAAUCCUCAUGGACUGAGUAGAGAGCUGGUCCUAGCUGGAUGGCAACACUGUGGAAGAUUGGAAAUGAUGUUUGAGAGAGCAGAACAGAGGUCCCAGGAAUUGGAAAACAGUUAUGCUCUAUUGGAUCGCUGGAAGAAUAAAAGCGACGAGCUCUUGUAUUCAAUGAUCCCUCAAACUGUUGCUGACCGCCUACGAGCUGGAGAAAGUCCCUUGAGCACUUGUGAGUCUUUUGAGUCGAUAACAGUUAUUUUCUGCGAGCUUUGUGAAUUUGAUUAUUCGACGAUCGAGGGUGCUAUGGAUAUUGUUACAUCAAUGAAUGCAGUGUAUUCCUGUUUCGAUUCUUUAAUGGACAAGUUCAAAGUUUACAAGGUGGAAACGGUUGGGAAGGUUUAUAUGGCAGCUAGCGGAGCUCCAGAUAGAACAAAAGAUCAUGCGAAAAAUGCUGCAGACGUUUCUCUUGAACUCCUCAGGAAUGUUCGUUCUAUUAAACUUCCUUCUGGCUUGGACAUUCACAUACGUAUAGGUAUCCAUUCUGGACCAGCAGUUGCUGGGGUUGUAGGGAUUAAAGUACCCAGAUAUUGCUUUUUUGGCGACACUGUCAACACGGCUUCAAGAAUGCAGACCUCGAGUUUGCCCGGGAUGGUGCACAUAUCUCCUGACACAAAGGCUCUUUUGCCAGAGGAUCGAUAUCAUUUGGAGCCACGUGGAGUCGUCUGGGUGAAGGGGAAAGGAAAUAUGGAGACCUAUUGGUUGCAUCAAAAAGAUGAGAUAAAUUUAAGAAGAGAGCCAAAUUUACCAGAAUCCAAUGUCCAAGUUCACUAUAAUAUAACAAAAUCACAACUGGGCUCGUCGGAUUUGGAUGAAGAAGUCACCUUAAUAGAUUUUGACUUGUCUGGUAGACCACGAACCUGCAAUGACUGUGUUUGUGGUAUUAGUAGAACAAGCAGAAUCGUGAAUGGUAACAUAACUGAAUUCUUUGAAUUUCCAUGGGUCGCGAGCAUACACAUUGAAGGACGAUAUCAAUGCGGAGGCAGUCUUAUCACUCGGAGACAUGUUCUCACUGUCAGCCACUGCUUAGUCACUGAUGACCCAACAGAUUAUUUGAUUAUCCUGGCCGACAAUAACUUGCCUAAUAGUGCGGAAUACUUAAUAAAACGACAAGUUGCAUCUAUUAAAAUGCACGAAUUAUAUGAUCGUACUUCUAAGAAUAACGACAUUGGAAUCAUUGAACUUGCUGAGCCUGUGUCAUUAGAUGGAAGUAUCCAAACAGCCUGCUUACCAGAAAAUAAGCCUAUUGAUUACUCUGGAGCUUUAGCUGUGGCUGUUGGCAGAGGUCAAACCGGAGAAGAUGAACCUCUUAGUGAUGAAUUGCGUAAGGUUUACGUUCACGUUUUGCCGGAAGAAGAGUGCAAGCAAGCUGGAUACACAAAAGGGAAAGUAACGGAUAAUAUGUUCUGUGCUGGAUACCUUGAAGGACAGUACGAUUCUUGUAACGGAGACAGUGGUGGUCCCCUUCACGUAAAAGGAUCGCAUGGUUUUAUGGAAAUCAUAGGACUGGUUUCAUGGGGUCGUGGUUGUGCAAGGCCCAGAUUUCCAGGAGUCUAUACGAGAGUGACGAAAUAUAUAGAUUGGAUUGCAAAUCAAUUAAAUCAAGAUGACGCAUGUGUCUGCCAAACUCCAGGAUUUUAGUAACUCUAAUGAAGGUCUUAGAUACUGCAUAAAACACUCGGUGAAAAUAUUUAUAAGCUUAUAAAAAUCGAUAACCCAGGAAUACAAAUUUUCAUAUUUAUGAACAGUAUUUUCAAACCUGGAAAUAACAAAAAAAUAUUUUCAUCCUAUCUUUUCUGGAGAUUGAUCAAGAGAGAAACUGAUUAAUAUUCAGCGACGAAACAGUCCUAACUGCAUCAAUAAUCCGUAUAAACCAAUAAUACAGUAUUAGAGCAAUUAUUUUGAAACAUGAUUGCCACAAGUUUCAGAAAAUUAUUUAAUUUUCGAGACUAAUAUUUUUCCAACAAUUGCGCUUUAUUAGCAGUGACGCUUCACGAUCGCUAACACCCCUAAUAUAAAAAUAUCAGAUAUAUAUUUUUAUACUGUAAUAUAAAUGCUAUAUAUUAAUUUAAUUUUAAUGCUACAUUUUAGACAAGUGUAUAAUUAAACGAGCUCUCUUAAUUUGUCUCGUUUUAAGGACCUCUAAUGAGUCAAAGGACGCCGUUUAUUAUCAUUAGCGAAACUCGAUUGGUUACCUCCCAAUGGCAAUUAUUUUUAAUUAAGUGUAUGGAUUUAUAUUAUAAAAUGUGUACUUCAAUCUAGUCCAAUAUAUCCAAGAUUCGCCAUGUCAAAUGAAGCAAACCAAUGAGAAUAAUGAGAUAUAAAAUAUCAAUAAUAAUUUUUAUUGCAGAAAGAAAAGAAAGAAAAUUAAAGGAAUUCUCACUUGUACAUACUAUAUAUUGCUGCAAUUGAAAUGGUGGGUCCUGGAUAAAAAUGAAAAAAACCUCCGUUUGGUGCUGUGAUGUUUGUUCUUAUGUAAAUGUUGAUAUAAUAUAAUAAAUAAGCGUGUUGAUAUAAAAUAGGAAGUAUCUACGUCGGCGUACCGAAAUUUCGGGGCAAAUAACCCAGCCGGAAGUCAAGGUCUCUUUGCACUGAAAUUCGGAUUUACUCGUACCGAAAAUGAAUGUUUUCGAGAAUAA